AACGAGAGCGGAUGUUAUCGAGAGAAAUUUUACAUUUAUCGCGAUUAAAUAAAUCACACCUCUAAAUUAAAAAUUCCAAGAGUGUCACGAGAUCCGAUGACCACAAUCCACACUUAUCCUGUUCGAGUUGACGAUGUGUUAUCGGAUCACGAUAGGAAAUCCGCGCGAAUCAAGUGUCCGAUCAGUUUGAGAAUCAGCUGUGAUCAGCUGGCCUGGCCUUCAUGCUUGGUAACAUACAUACACACACACACACACAUACACUCCGUGAGGUCCGUCAUGGCGCAAUGCCGCCUCGUUGACGGCCUCGGACAUUCGGCACUCGGAUGCGAUAGCGUCCGACGAGAACGGUACACGUGACACGUGACACGUGUCGGGAAGCGCGAGACGCGAGUCGCGCCUAGCGCGUGCUUUCCUUCGCUCUCGUUUGCCUGCUCGCUGCUCGCCUCGUCUGCCUCCUUGUUACGCCACAUACCACACACCAUAUACAGUCUAUACCGCAAUACCGGUUUAACACGUGCUAUCCUGCUAUCGUGGAAAUAUUAUAUGGAGGAGAGUGUAUCGAGUGUCGAAUCCGUGAGCGGGUAUUGAAUCCAAACUCGAUUCAUAUCCGAGAAUGUCGCGAUCUUGUCGCGUUAUGUUACCCGUUAUGUUACCGUAUCUGGUCCGAGCUGUUCUCGCCAACAAUUGCUCUAUUAUGUCGUAUCAGUGUGACACGCUCCUCACGUGUCCGAUCAUUGAACGCAACAAUAUUUGUCCGUUCAGUGGAAUGCCGGGUCAGCUGGAGGAGAUCAAGGGCAAGCGUGCCACCUUCGGUAUGGGUUGCUUCUGGGCAGGCGAUUCUCUCUUUGGGGCGCUACCUGGAGUUAUCAGGACUUGUGUGGGCUAUGCUGGUGGCACCAAGGAGUUUCCUGUAUAUAGAAACAUGGGAGAUCAUACAGAAGUCAUUGAUAUUGAAUAUGAUCCAGAACUAAUAUCCUAUACACACUUGUUGACCUUGUUUUGGAAUAAUCACGAGUAUGGUCUAACAACAAAGAUUAAGAGACAGUAUAUGUCACUAAUUUUGUAUCAUGAUGAAGAGCAACGGUUGUUAGCUGAAAAAUCUCGUGAACAAGAACAGAGACAACGAGGCGAAGUUUUUGUCACCGAGAUUGAAAAGUUUUCAAAGUUUUACCCAGCAGAAGACUAUCAUCAGAAGUAUCGACUACAAAGUCAUCCAUGGCUCAUCGAGAUAAUGGAUCUCACCACACCAGAAAUCUUGCGCACUUCUCCUUUGGCAGCCAAAUUGAAUGGUUAUAUAGCUGGUGCUGGCACUCUUGAACAAUUUGAGAAGGAAUUACCAAAUUUGGGAUUAAGUGAAAAAGCAACACAAUAUUUAACAAAGUAUAUUAUCGAGAAUCAAGGCAGUGGUUUGUACUGCUAGCAAAAUUAGUAAGAGAACGCGGACAUUUUCUACUUUUAGACAACGGCUGAACAUACUCGAUUUCUUUGCGAUAAGAAAAUUCAAAUCGACGAUUUUUUUUUUUUUAGCGAAAAUACCUAAAUAUUUACAGUCUUGUAGUGAUAUAAGCUUCAUCUAAAGCAAAAAAUCAUUUCUUGUAACGAAAUCAUAAUUUUUAGCUAAUUUUUUUGCUACGAAAACCCAAUAUACUAAUAUAAAACUAAGAUUUUAAUUAAAUUAUAAAGUUAUAGUUAAUUAUAUAAUAUGAGAUUAAGAUAUGAUUUCGUUAUCUAUUGCUAUAUUAAAUUCUUGUUGCAUAUAUCAAGAUAUUUUAAUGAUUUAUCAUUAAGUCAUUAAAGAAAUUUGUUAUUAAAUUUGUUAUAUAAUAUUUUAUUUACACAACGACAAUUUCUACAAAAAUAUCGAUUUAUAUGAUACAAUGAAAUUAUGCAAUUCUCUCUCUCUCUCUCUCUCUCUCUCUAUAUAUAUAUAUAUAUAUAUAUAUAUAUACAUGGAAAAAAUAAUACUUUUGACGGAUUAGCGUUUUACCGCAUUGUACAAUAGUAAUUUUUUAUUUAAUUGUGUUAUCGAAAAAAUAUCAUAUACUUUUGAGUAAAUUUUAAUUAAAGAAGCUUUAUUUUAAACAUAUAUAAUUUUCUAUAUCAAUAUUGUUAUGAAAAGAUUAUUUUCAAGUAGAUUUUAAUUAGAGAAGCUUUAUUACAAAAAUAUGUAAAUUUUAAUCUAAAUCUUAUAGAUAAAUGAUUGUCUUUCUUUUCAUUAAGGAAAAGUCUGUUUCAAUCAAAGACAGUAUUGUCAACUCGUAUCAAAUCGAGCCAUCAACUUAAGAAUAUCUCGAUAUGAUCUAGAUAUGAUCUAGCAUUAGCUAUGGAUAUGGUCAAGGAGAGGAUUUUAAUUUCUGAUAUAAAUAAACGAGUUGACAACACAUAGGGACAUAAAAUAUAUAAAUGUAGCGUACAAAUAACGAAAGAAUCCAUAAAUUUAUAAUUAAUAGACUAACCUCUGUUAAAAUAGCACUCCUGUUUUUUGGAGUGACAUUAGAGACAAUAUUAAUGAGAGCAAUAAAAAUUAGAUGUGCUUUCCUUGUCCGACCGUAUAAUUAGCGAAGAAAAGAAAAAAAGUAAAGCGCUUACCUUUUAUAUUUUCUGUUUUUUCUAUGACGCGUAGAUCUAUUAUAUAAAUCUAUGGUUUAGACAUAAGAAGAAUGAGUCGAAGAGUUAAGCGGGCAACACACACUUUUGCAUAAGCGCAUAGCCAUAAGCAUAAAGAAAUUUAUUGGUCCACAAACAUAUGCCUAUGAAGCAAUCAAUUUCCUUAUACUUAUGGCUAUGCGCUUAUGCAAAAGUGUGUGUUCCCCGCUUUGCUGACUUUUCGAUUCGCAUAUACUUGUACUUGUGGGUGAUAUCUUCUACAAAUUGAAUAUCACAUAUCUAUGCUCCAAACCAUGCAGAUUGAAUUGCCCAAAAUAACUGAAGUUAGUGUAACUGCUUCCUAUAACUGUGAUAAGGAAGCUUUUACAAGUAGUUACAAAAGUGAUCUAUGAUUUAGACAUCUUAGAUAUCUGAAGUGUUAUAUGCAAAGUUCAAAUGAAAUUUGAACUUUCCCCUUCAUUCUUUCAGGAUUUCACUGCAUGUAAAAAGAAUGUUUGAACAAUAUACAAAACUAACUCUAGAUUAAUGUUAUUAAAAAAUUAUAGGCAAUAUAUAUUUUAUAUAAAAUAAAAUUUAUUAUAUUCAAAAUGUAUAUAAUAAAAAUAUUCUUUCAAAAUUAA